AUGGAGGAAAACGAGCCAAACUGGAAAAACUGGAAGAUCCGCCCUUUCCAUGUCCUCCCAAAUAACAAUAUCGUCUAUCACGAGAAGGAGGCCCCACGUAGGACUGAAUUCAAAAAGCACGCAGAAGAAAAACGCGUAUAUUCAUUACGUCUGAUGAGCGGUUGGCCACCUGAAAAAGGAAGAUACACGACUACAACGCAUUCGGAAUACGAGACGCGGCUCCAUAACACGCGAUUCUUGCCGGGGCAUCUGCGACCAGCAACAUCUUAUGAGUUUUUGACAGAGAAAAAGGAGAUGGAGAUAAGGAGACAUUUCCUGAGAAUCGCGGCCACUUACGACUUUCCGUUGUGCCAAAUGGACUAUGAGAACUUCACUUUGUAUGUGUGCUUGAAUCCAAAUUGGGCUUCUACGAAUGGAAUGCCGGAUCCAAAUGCACAUCUCCAUGUUCAAGAGAUUUUUACUGCAAAGCGCUAUCCAACCGGGCUCACUCUCUUGUUUCCCCCACGAGAAAAAGAUGAAAUGGUUGAUGCGGUGGUUCAGGAGGUGAAGAGUCUGAUUUCUCCGGACAAAUCGCACCCACUGGUCCUAAGUGUCAAGGAAAAUCCGGUUGACAUCCUUUUGCGUAUGGCGGAUAUUCCGAGAUAUGAGAGGAACCUUCGUUUCUAUUUCCUUGCUGGACAGGUCAUGCUUCGUGCAACAACAUACAACAGGGAUCACCGUGCAUCGAAGGACGUGUGCCAGUUGGUAUUAGGAGAGAGAAUGGAAGAGGACGAUGGUGGAAGCCAAGUGAAGCUCCCAAACAGUAUCAUGCCGGACGAAAUAACUCCUGCUAUGGUUGAUGCUCUUUAUAUUGGACUCUUGGAGAGAAUGAUUUCAAGAAAUGUGAAAAUCUCUCACUGGUUCGUGAAGCUCAAUGAGAAAGUUGUCCACCACGGAGACCCUAUUCGACCGCCAAAGAACAUCGAAGAGAUGAAAGAGCUGGCAUUCCGCUUUUUCAACUGGUUGAAAGCUCACAAGGAGGUCUUCUUCAAAGGCUCACCUGAUGAUCUCACGAAGAAUCCAAUGAUGGAGUUAGUCAAAUCCGAGAUGCGCGGAGAGAGCACUAGAAAAAAAUCGGAAGAUCCAGAAUACGAUUCUGGCGAAGAGGAGUUGAACCAUGGGAAGAGAAGACGAUCAUUCUAG